AAAAUGGGGAGUCGUGAAACAACACAAGUGGACGCGAAAGAAAGCAUGGGUUGUUGCUUGUCUGCCUCUCCACGUGUCGGCAAAUUGGUUUACAUAUUUCAUAUUAUUUAUAUUUUGAAGUUUUCGCAGGAUGGUAUUUGUUGACUCCGAUAUGGAAGACGAUAGCCAGUCAGGUUCUGAAGAAGAUAUGUCUAACCAGAGUGAUGACCUGGAAGAAGAAGACGACGACGACGACGACCAAUCAGUUUCUGAAGUUGUUGAGGUCAGCGAUGACGAAGUAAAAUUAGACUCAGAUGAAAAUGAAGACGGGAACAUGGAAAACGAAGUAGAAGAAUCAAGAAAGGACAAAAAGAAGAAACGGAAAAGACCAAUGAAUAAAAAGGACAAGAAAAAAAUAUCCAGUGAAGAAGCUAAAGAUUUGCGAGACAAGGAACACACCUACUCGUCCAAUUUGUAUCGAGUCCAGAUUGAAGAACUCCUGAAAGAAAUAAGUCUUACGGAUAAAAUACAAAAAGAAGCCCAAAAGUGGUUUAUUGAUUUCAGAAAUUAUCUUUUAUCUUGUAAACCAUCAAAACCCCAUGCGAUAACUGAUUUUGAGGUGUUGUUGAAAGGAAUUCCUUUGCCACUUCCGGCUGAUAUAACAGUUCUGGAAGACUCGAAUGAAAAAAUUACUUGGGUGCAACCUUCUGAAAUUGUAAUGAUUGGAUCCUGGCAAAUACAAGCAGCAGUUAAUAAGAUUAGUUGUGUAGAUAUCGCGUUAGAGUUGCCUAUGGAAUUUUACAGAAAAAAAGACUUCCUUAAUCAUCGUUACCACAUAAAGCGUGCAAUAUACUUGGCAUAUCUGGCCAGAUUACUGUCUGAGCGAGGAGAUGUUGUUCAAUUCACUCUUCAGCAAGGAAAUCCCACAAAGCCUGCACUUCUGAUAACUUGUAGCCAUUUUAAAGUAAAGAUUAUAACGUCAGUAUCAAAAUUGUUUAAGGCUAGUCGGUUUUCUCCAACAAUCAACAAUCUAAGAUUUAACCAUUACUUUCAACAUCAACAAAAAGCACUGCCAGAUAAUGAACCGGAAGUUGCUACACCCAACUACAAUUUCUCAAUAUUGACCGAUGUUCUUAUUUUGGAUUCUCAAACAUCUGUACACUCUGUCUUGCGUAGUUGCGAAAGUUAUACAAAUGCAACUAAGCUUAUAAAGGUUUGGCUUCACCAGAGGGGCAUUGAUAAGGGAUAUGGAGGAUUUACAGGAUUUAUUGCCUCUGCUUUCAUCGUGUAUUUAUCGUUGACUGAAAAAAUUGACCGAUUAAUGACUUCAUACGAUGUUCUAAGGACCUUCUUUUCUAAUUUGGCACAUUUGGAUUUAACCUCUAAUGGAAUAGGGUUGUUUUGUGCUAAUAAUCCAUCAGAUAUUUCUAUCGCAGACUGGCAUCUCCAAUUUGACGUUGUAUUUUUGGAUUCUUCUGGAAAAUUAAAUUACACUGCAGAUAUGUCAGAAUUCACAUUUAAAAGAGUUCAGCGAGAGGCUCAGAGAGCCGUUGAAAUUUUAGGACGAAACAAAAUAGAGGGAGUUCAAGCUUUGUUCUUGACACCUGUAUUAUUUAUUCGAAAUUUUGACCACAUACUCCAGUUAAAGUCAUGUGAUAUCCAAACUCUCCUCAAAGAUGGCAAAGAACAACUAUUUUUGAACCACAGCGGAUUUCAAUACCCAAUCAUAAUUUCAGUGUUUGGCCCUAUAAUUGAACAAUGUUUGGGAGCACGAGUUCAGCUUGUGGACAAUGAACUUAUUCCUGAUCCUGUUUGGAGUAUUUUCAGUAAACCUCCCAAUGCAAACAACAACGUUGUUAGAUUUGGCUUCGUGAUUAAUCGGGAUACGGCAUAUAAGCUCAUUGAGAAAUGUGAUGCAGAAAACAGUUUUCGUGUAAAGUCAUUCAAGGAUUUAUGGGGUGAUAAAUCGCAUUUACGACGAUUCAAGGAUGGAACCAUGUGCGAAACUGUUGUUUUUGAAGAUAAACACCAACUUUUAUACCAGAUGCUGUCCUAUAUAUUUCAAGCACAAUUUGAUUUGAAAAGCGAAAUGCCAGGGUUGAGUUACUUUGACUGUCAAGUUGAAAAUGUGGUGGAGAAAGAUUUUAAUGUGACAAAGAAGCUAACCAAGCCUAAACAAGUGACUUAUGUCAAAGGUAAACGAAAAAAGUCAUCCGUGACGGAUUUCCAACAACUUGUCCCACGCCAGCUGGAUACAAUCUGCAGCGACGCCUCACUUGUAUUUGAUGAUUUAUCUAAGGUUCUGCGAUCCUUAGAAGGGCUGCCCCUAGAAGUCAGUUCGGUUCAAGGGACAUCUUCUAUUUUAAGAUUUACAAGUGUUCAUCCUACUCCAGCACAACAUUUCCAAUCUUCAAAGUGCUGGGGAGGAAUAAUUCCAACUCGUGUAAAUGGAAAAAUUAUGACACUCAAUAAGGAACACGCGUUGUCAAAAGUCCCAAAAGUAGUGGAACCGAUCAGUGUGGUGCUGCAUCUGGAGACCAGUGGAAAGUGGCCUGAUGAUGUUGAAGCUGUGGACAGAUUAAAAUGUGCAUUUUUGACCAGAAUUGGAAAACUUCUAACUGAUCAGUUUGGCCUUACCGUUCAAAUAUAUCCGCGAUGUCUGGACGUUGAGAAAGAUGGAUUCAUAUUCCGGAUAAAACUUACGCACUAUCGUGAGCUCAUCAUGUUGAAACAACGCCUUGGAGUAGAUGGAGUUUUAAAAGUUCGUGAUAGUGCAGAAUCCAUGAGACUGGAGAAAGAGACUCUGCUCCUUCCACAACUUACCACCACACUCCAUUCCUUCUGUCGGCAAUUUGAAGCCUUUGGAAAGACAGUCCGAUUGGCCAAACGAUGGAUUGCUUCACAGCUAUUACUCGCAUCCCCUUUGAAAUAUGGCAGUAUUGGAGAUCAUCCGGAUUGCAGAUUCACUGAAGAAUGUGUGGAACUCCUCGUGGCUCAUAUUUUCAUGUCAUUCUCUCCUUACCUGUCCCAUCCAAAUGAGGCUCAAGUUGGAUUUUUACGAUUCCUUUCCCUUUUAUCCAGUUGUGAUUGGAAGUCUACGCCUUUUGUGCUGAAUUUUCACGACAAACUCUCAAAGGAGGAAUUAUCUGCGAUUGAACUCGAUUUUGUAAGAAGACGCAGCCAACUCCCCUUAUUGUUUAUUGUUACUCCGGAAGACACGUGUACAUCUGUUUGGACAAAACAUCUCGCACCAGUCUUUCUGUAUCGGAUACAACUGUUGGCUACAGAAGCAUUGUCAAUACUUGAAACCUGUUGGAAAUCUGACACUUUAGACUACAUGACUCAAAUUAAAAAGGUGUUCCGUACAGACACGCAAGAAUUUGACAUAUUAAUUCACUUAAAAAAAUCAAUGAAUCCUCAUUCUUGUGAUAAUAUCGAUGCCAAAAACGCAGCUCAGUUUCACGAGUACGUCAAAUCUGCAAAAGUGAGCCUCCCCAUAAUUGAUUUUGACCCUGUUCAAACGUACCUCUCCGAGCUACGACGUUCGUUUGGGCAUGUAGCUUUGUUUCUUCAUAAUACUUUUGGUGGAAGCGUUAUUGCUGUUGUUUGGAAGCCUGAAUCCUUUAAAGAACAAGAUUUUGCUGUUUCUACUAUAAAUGCAAAACGGAUUUUUGAAGAGACUAGCGUGGUCCCCGAUGUUGAUGAAAUUAUUGAAUCGUUUGAAAUUUUGGGACAAGGACUUGUAGAGAACAUUGAAAGACUAUCAUAGUUUUAAACUUACCAUUUGUACAGCUUUGUUGGCAUUAUUAAAUAACAUAUUAUUAAGGCGGAAUAGCAUGCUGGCUGAUGCGGGAAAAUUAUCAUCAAGCCCAUGAAACUCCAUCAACUGUCUCACCGCCAACCAUUUCGGGCAAACGAUUAGCAAACGAUUUUCAUUCAGCAGAGCGUAUUUAUAAGCGGAGCUGCAAGCUUCUCUUUCUCUGUUGUCUGUCUUGCUCGCUGUAUUACUCGAAAAGUUAUAAUUUUAAAGAAUAGAAUAAAUUGUUUUUCUUUCUA